ACAAAAAAUCCCUUCUCUUUCUCUCUGAUCCAUUCCCCUCAUGAAGCACAACUUUCUCUUCCUUCUGGCAAGUGUGUAGUAGUUAGUACAAACUCAUUUGUAGUUUUCACUUUCACACAUUAUUUUUAUUUUUAAAUUUUCUUUGGUUAUAUAAAAAGGGUACCUUGGGGCCUCCUGGGGUUAUCACUUUGGACCGUUAAGUUGGAGAGCUCCUACAAACCUUAUUCUUCAUUGCUCAGAAGAUAAAUUGAUAGAUACAUACAUACAUACAUCUAUCUAUCUGCUGCAGUGUGUCUUGUGUAAGCUGCAGUGGUCCUGCUUCUCCUCUUCAGAUCAUCUCACAAAAUCUAGGGUUUCUUAGUUUUUUCUUUUUUUUUAUUUUUUUAUUUUUUUUAUAUAUUUUUGGAAUCAAUUGCAAAAUUUUUCAGAUGUUUCCUUCCACUACUUACAGUUACAGCACUGGCCCUUACCCUUGCUUCCCUUCAUCUUCUUCUUCAUAUCCUCUUUUUCCUUUUCUGAACCCUGAGAACAAUGCUUCUUCUUCUUCUGCAACAACCGCCACUAACAACAACAACAAUAAUCUCCUUCAUGAUCCAUCUCUCUGCGUUCCUUACAUUCCAAUCCCUGAAGCACUAACCAAUUUGGCAACAGUUGUAGAUAACACUAGUAAUCUUGCUGCAUCUUCAUCAAUGCCCAAACAACACGACCUCAACGGUGGCGGUGGCGGAGGUGCUCAUCAUCACUUCGGCAUAUCCAGUUUGCUCGCGAAGAAACCGGCGGCGGCGAAGAAAGAUAGGCACAGCAAGAUUUACACCGCUCAAGGGCUGAGGGACCGAAGGGUGAGGCUGUCGAUCGAGAUCGCGCGCAAGUUCUUCGAUCUCCAAGACAUGCUAGGGUUUGAUAAGGCCAGCAACACGCUCGACUGGCUCUUCACCAAGUCCAAGAAAGCCAUUAAGGAGCUUGCCAGGAGCAAGAACCACAGCGCCAGUGACGAAGCCGAAGCCGGUGCCGGUGCCGGUGCCAAUAACAAGAGUUUCGCCUCGUCCUCUGACUGCGACGAAGAUGACUUUGAAGUGCUUUCUAGAAACAACCACCACCGCCACCAUCAACAAGGGUCAGAUGCGAGGGAGAGGAAGCUGAAAAGUGCACAACAGAAAGAAGCAAGUGCUUGUAAUGUGAGGGCAAAGAUGAAGGAGUCAAGGGAGAAAGCAAGAGCAAGAGCAAGAGAAAGGACUAGUAACAAGAUGUGUAACAGCAUAAUGGGAAAUUCUUCUUCUUCUUCCGGGAAGGUUCUAGAAUUGAAGAAAAGAUGCCCUGCACCUAGUGAAAACCCUCACCACCUUGGUGGUGGCGAAGUUUCACAAACUAGAGAUGACUUCAACGUUAUUGAGGAAUCCAUUGUGAUCAAGAGGAAGUUGAAGCAGCCAUCUAUGAUGUCAUCCUCGCAUCACCAUCACCAUCACCACCACCAAUUAAACCUUCCCAUCCCUAAUAAUAAUAAUAAGGAAGCAAGUUUCAACAACAACAGUGAUAAUAAUUACCAUCCUGGAAACUACACCAAUUUGUCACCAAAUUGGGAUAAUGCUAAUGGACCAGCCUCAUCAGCUAAUAACCGCUCCAACUUCUGUGCAAUAGCCAGCAUGAAUCUCUCUACAGGGCUACAAAUCUUUGGAAAGUCAUGGGAGGAAUGCACCAAUCCAUCACGUCUGCACUAGCCAUGAAAGGUUUCUUAGUUUUCUUUUUUCUUUUUAUAUUUUUAAUUUUCUUUUCGGUAUUAUAUAUUAUCUGAUUAUCCGAAAUGAACUCGAUCUCUCUUAAGUCCCUUGUAUUAUUGUAAACGAUGAUCUCUUCCUCAUGAUUCCGCCAUUGGCGUGUGUGACAGUUGCAAACAAAGGUUGCAGUGUGGCUUCGUAUUAUAAUAUAUUUCACCAUUUAUA